GCCCUUACCUAUGGUCUCACACUGCCCAUCGAACAUUGGGAUGUGAUCAAGCAUGGGGUUCAUGUUUGUUGUUUCUGGCUUCGUUGUCUUGCGUCCGGGCGCACCGGAUCUAUGACCAAUUCACCUGUUUGUCCACAAGUGUUGCGUCGUGAACCAUAUCGGUUUUUUGGUUCCAUUCUUUUCGCACUCACCUACGCAUUUCUGCCGCGCUAUCCGGAUCCGUUGUGCGAUCGUACUCGAUGGUUAAUUGCCAGUUUCGGACGAACCACUCCGAUGCCGUCUGGUUCCGUCUCGCGAUCGAAUGAGGAUCAAGGGGAACAAGGAGAUUUUCAAAAUGCUUCUGAUCGACCCAGUAUGGCGGUACAGCUGUCCCGUCAGCUUGAGAUUACUCGAAUGGUGGCUCAGUGUCUCGAAACUAUCUUGUCACAGUCCGGUGAAUGGGCUCCAGCCGUUUGGGACUCCGUGCUGCAAUUCUGCUUGGUGAUAUGUCAUUACGUACUGGCAUUUCCGCUUCCCAUACCGGGUCAGCGCAUUCUCCCGGGUUCGAAUGUGCCAAACGUGACUGGUAGUGGGACGGGCGGAAACGUUGGCAGUGGAGGUCCGGGUUCCGGUCCCGGUAGCAGUGUAGUCAGUGGAUCUAUUUCUUCCGGGAUCGCUGGAAACGCGAGUUCCGGUACCACAGGAUCCACUGUUGCUGACUUUGUCUCAACUAAUUCAAGCUCGGUUACCGCCGGUGGGGGUCAGUCAGUUGAGCUGAGUACCUCAGAUGUCGCGAGUUUGGCGGAAAGCAUCGCGGAGUCCGUAUUUACGUUGCUAAUGAAUGCUUGGCUCAAAGCGUGUACACAAUGCUUCCCUCGUCCGCAAAUGUGGGCUGCUUUGAAAGAAUGUGUAAAAGUGUGGCGACAUCAGAUAGCAGUUGCUUCCAUCUGGUCCAAUGUCUUAUUCAGUAUGACCACUCAGUUGUUGAUUGUGCUCAAUAAUACCGCUGCUGGUAGGACAACCGAGGCAAUUUUGUCUGUUAGUGAGUGCCCUAUACUUUUUGGCUGUCAUGUUUAUUACGAAGGGCUGUCGAAUAGUGAGUGUAGGGUUAUUCGGAUUUACGGACAGAUGUUUUACCUUCCUGUAUCACCACAAUCUAUCAGAUGUUGA